UUAGUCUUUUUUAUAUUGGGGUGCAGUUCAAGAAACAUUGCACAUGUACAGAUAUUUAAAAUUGACAGCAAUUGUCAUAACUAUCAAAAAUAAUCGCUUGUAAUUUGGUGAAACAUAAGAUAAAACCAAAUCUAAACUUUUCCCUCAUUGGCAGAAAUUACAUGAAUUAUGUUUACUUUAGAAAAAUGAUGUCAUACAAUAAUGAAACAAAUUCGAGUUGAAACCGUUUUGAGACAUGCCAGCAGUUGCUGUUUAAAUUUCAGUAAUAUUUCCGUAGCUAAAGCAGACUGUUUAGACUGUUUUGAAGAAAACUAAUACGGUAUUAUUAUGCAGACGUCCAGGUAUUAUGCAGCCUGCUGCAACUAGCUGGUCCACCUUAAGAGAAAUGGGUGGGCUUUUAGCGCCUCGACCAAUAAGCGGCCUUUUUUCGCAUUUAAAUAGCCGUGUGUGUCAAUCAUUCACCCCCUCCUCUCCCCCUAGACAAACUCCCCUCUCUAUUCGAAGUACAUAUCUCAAUCGCCAUAUUGGGUACUGAGAACGUUUGCCUAGGUUUCUCUCACUACGGGACGAAAUUGACAGCGCGGCUCUGGUUCCCGUGCACUUUGUUUUGAUGAUCCGCGGAGAGUACUUUCGACCAGAAAACACCGCGGCCGUUAUCGUUUCCAGCUCGACGUCUGCAUGGCAUAAGUCGUUUUACGCUUGUUUUGGAUCUUGCUCAGCGAAGAGGAGAUACCCGUUGUUGUUGCGAGGUGUUUUUUUCCUUGUGAAAACUGGACGUUUUGAAAAAAGUUGUCUUUCUUUGGGGGGGAAAUGUCAGAUGUUCGACUUUCAAACGGGAGUCCGACGUUGGAGCGGACGGAUCCCCGGGUGUCGGAUCACCCGAAACCAUCAGCCUGCAGGAGCCUCUUCGGCUCGGUGGAUCACGAAGAGUUAAAGAGAGAUUUAAAGGGACACUUGCGGGAGAUGGACGAGGCUGCCUCCGCCAAGUGGAGCUUCGACUUCGCCAAUCACACACCGCUGGCCAACGGCAGGCUCGAGUGGGAAUUAGUGGAUUGCAGAGACAUCCCGGAUUUCUACAGCAGGCAGCCGCGGAGGAGGAAGGCCGUGUGCUCCGCUGGGAAUAACAAUGUGGAUCUAAAUGGGAAUCAUAACUGUGUUGUGGUGGCUCCGAGCGAAGAUACCGAGAUGGAGCAGUACACCGGGCUGAGGAAAAGAGCUGCAUGCCACGACCCCCCGGCCCAAAGUAAGAGGUCACACACCAGCUCAGAUGAAGUGAGCUGUCCAGGUCUGAGCCUUUCUACAGAACACACGCCCAGAAAGACCAGUCCCAAGAGGCAAACGUGAGGACCAAGGGCGAGCUGAAGAAGUAUUUUCCCGUUUUGCUUGGGAAAGCUCAGUGUUGGCUGAUUUUUUUUUUUUUUUUUUUUGAAGAAGAACUACACAGCAUCAAAAACAUAUCAACUCUCCUGAAGACGGGGGAGGACACUGUUGAAGCACUGAAUAGAAACACUAAAGUUGGGGCACUUGAUUUUAAAGUUACUGCCUCUAAAAGCAGUCAAUGUAGCAGUGUGCAAUUAGGUUUAAUUUCCUUUUUUGCUCCUUUUUUACUACCUGUGUGUAAAUAAAUAUAUAUUAUAUUUGCCUCCAUAUGUAGCACAUAAGAAAAGAUUUGAAAAUCCUUUAUGUAAAAGGGAUGAAUUUUGAUUUGACUUGAAGAAUUGCAUUGCAGUUUGAUACAUUUCCAAAAUGCUGUUUUUGUUCUUUUCUGAAAGGCAGUGUGACUCUGACAUGGUCCCUAAUUGCUACAUUUAAAAGAAAAUCGUGGCUUCUUACAGUUUCUUAACAGUGUAUCUUCACUCCGUCAUCUUCCUAACUCAGCAGUGAAGAAUAGUACAAAUGUAAUUGAUUUGUUUUUAUUUUUCCAGCUUUUGGUCAUUUCAUUGUCAUCAAUUGCAGGUUCUCCUAUAUGAUCCAUUAACCCAGGAAAUCGACACAGAAAAAACGGGA